AGGCGGUACUGCAAAAAAUAGAUUUUUCGAAAUCAGUCAUUUAGAAGGCAAGAGAGCCUUGGCAUAGGCGGCGGAAAAGGGGGAAGCAGGGGGGCUUGAGCCUUCCGAAUUUCGAACUUCUAUAAACCAAACUUUUCUCUGCCAGAUAAAUUGUGCAUAGCGGAACGUCUCCAUAUCUAUGUGUACUUGUGCCAAAGUGUAUGCUAUAAGAAGUGUGGCUCGAAGUGAUAUUCCGACUAGCUUCAAGGCAGGCUUGAGACUUGAAAGGACUUUGAUCAGAAACUCAAGUAAACUGUGGAAUCAGCUGGAUGAUGACGAGCGUAAUGAUCGUAAGUAUAAACGUCUUAAAUCGUACUUAGAAUCAUCUUUCCUAGAAUCCUUCCGAGUUCCUUCUGUUAAGAACGGAAAACUUGAGAUCCAUUAUACGAGAUGUAGACUUGGUUUUCCACAGUUAAAUGAACCUGUAUUCAUAAGACAACUUGUGUCUUCGUUAGAUUGUAUUUGUGGAGAUGAUAAGAAAUUAACUAAACAUUUCUUUAUGCAUUGUACUCGGUAUGAUGCUCCACAUCAAACUAUGUUACAACUGUUCGCGAAUACUCUAAAAGUGAAAACAAUAAUAAUUGAUCAUGUUUUGUUGCAUCACAGUUUGAUAAGAGCAUCUGCAAAGAAGAACUGAUUGAAGUAUAUAAUACUGUCCUCCACUUUAUCGCUGCAAUGCGCCGGUUUGAUCAGCCUUGAUGUUUGAUCUGUAUCUGUGUUAAAUACAUUGACAUAUUAUGAUAAUUCACAUUUCUGUCUACCUUUCCUCUCCAUAAACUAAUUUGUAAUUUUCACGUUUUUUUUCCAAAACUGCUGUCAUACUGAUAACUUCAUCAUAUUUCCUUUUUAUUCAUUUAUUCUUUUGUUGUAUACGAGAAACCGGCACACAAUAAUCCUGCCCGACAUACCGUGCAUGUUCAUUGUUUCCUUUGUAUGUUUAUUAUAAGCAUUAGAAAUAAAUAUGUUUAGAAAAAGAAAACCAAAAAGAAUCUAACCUAUGGCGCAAAAGUCUUGGCGCAAUGUGUUCGUUCAUUUUUCGACUACCUAGAAACAACUAAUGAGAGUUAAAUGAAGUUACUUAGACGCAGAAAACUGACAUAUGAAAAGGCGUUUUAUGUUUCCAGCUGAGGAGGAUCUUUUAAUCAAACUACAAAAUAUCGGGGAAAUUCAUUUUCGAGCCGAUUAAACAUUUACUCACAGUUAGUCAGUCUUAAGCUAGAAAAGAAUUCUGAGCAUAUGCAUAGAAAGUGCGUCAAAUUCUGCGUCUAAGUAACUUCUUUUAACUCUCAUUAGUUGCGUCUCAGUAGUCUAAAAAUAAACGAACACGUUGUGCCAAGACUUUCGCGCCAUGGGUUAAAAAGCAAAACAGCUGCAGAACUCUUGUCAUUAAGGAUACAGUUCAAGAUGCAACGUCAGCAUGUUAUCGGUAGAUUUUUGAGAAAACUUUUAUAUAUAUAUUCUCAAUAAUAUGAAUUAGUCAAAUGUCGUAUCUAAUAAGAAACAUGAGACUUUAUGCAAAAGGUCCUUUUUUUAUAGACUGGAGUUGUUUAUUAAAUUGAAUUUCUAUAUAAGAUGGUGACAACAUCGACGAUUAUUUAUAUUUAUCAACAAAUUAAUAUAUAUGUUGGUAGUUUCCUGUUCUUAUUUGGACUUAUUGGUAAUUGUUUGAAUAUUCUAAUAUUUUUGUCAAAAAAAGCUUUCAAUAAAAACUCUUGUACAAGAUAUAUUUUAACGUCAUCAGUAGCUGAUUGUUCAGAAUUAAUCUUUACUUUAUCUACAAGAAUACUAACAUAUGGAUUUAAUAUUGAUUUUACUCUAUCUUCAUUGAUAUGGUGUAAAUUACGUUUAUUUUUACGACAAACAUUUGCAUUAACAGUACUAGCAUGUAUUUGUUUAGCGACAAUUGAUCGUUAUUUAUUAUCAUGUCAAGAUGUUCAUAGAAGACGAUUAAGUAAAAUAUUAAAUUCACGUGUAACACUACCAAUUGUACCUUUAUUUAUUCUUGUAAUUUCAUCACCAUUAGCAAUAUCGAUGAUUAUUACUGUAAAUAAAGACAAUCAAUCAACAUGUACAUAUUUAUCCACAUCAUAUUUAUAUUAUUCAACAUGUGUAUAUAAUCCAUUGUUUUUAGUGAUAAUACCAGUAUCAAUAAUGACAAUAUUUGGUCUAAUGACAUAUAAUAAUCUUCGUCAACGACGAAUUACACCCAUUGUUCAACAGCAGCACCGUUUAGAUCAACAAUUGACAUCAAUGUUAUUAUUACAAAUAGUAAUUAUUAUAGUAUCAUCAAUUCCAUAUUGCGUUCAGGCUGUAUAUGCAGCAAUAACAGUAAAUUCUCAAAAAGAUUCAUUUAUAAGCGCGCGAGACAUAUUAAUUAUGACAAUUACAAGUCUCAUAUUUUUUCUAAAUAAUAUUUCUAACUUUUAUAUUUAUUUAAUAUCGUCACCAGCAUAUCGUAAACAAUUUAUAAAACUUAUAAAAUCGAGGAAAUGUUUUGCUUACUUUCAACGAAAUAGGACUUCACCAGCGGACGUAACACUAAAUAGCAAUAAUACCAACCGUGGAAUAACAUUUAUCAAUUGA